AUCUAUUAUUUUUUUAAAAGGGGAAAGACAUUUGAAGAAUAAAUGAAUUCAGUGCCCAACUUUGCACAGACAAUUUUAUCAGAAUCCUAAAUUAUCCAUGCCCUUGAAUAGUUAGUUCAAGUUCUAUACAUGGAACACCGUAGAAAUGCCACAAAUUCCAGUUCUGUCCUUCCUAGCAUCUCCUCUGUUCAACACUUUUUUUUUUUUUCUCCUUAUGAUUGCUGCCCUCUCUAGCCAGAGUCUUGCUAGAUCCUGCAUCCUGGGAAGGGCCAGGCAGGCUAUGCCUGUCUUGACUCUAAUUAGCAUAUUGGUUGCUGCAAUCUCUAAAGAAAAUUUUGCAACAAAUGUAAUUUUCUCUUGCCUGUGGCAUUCUGGUUUCCUUUAGCCCCCAGAGAAGAGCUCUGAACAGUAUCCCUCCUGUGUUUACAUGCAGAGACCUUCCACUGUGUGAUCCUGCUGCAAUUAAGCGGUAAUGUGGGUGCGUGCUCAGUCACUUCAGUCAUGUCUGACUCUGCAACUCUAUGGACUGUAGCCUGCCAGGCUCCUCAGUCCAUGGGAUUCUCCAGGCAAGAGCACUGAAGGAGAUUGCUAUGCCCUCCUCCAGGGGAUCUUUCAAAUGCAGAUCAUGGAGCAAGGAAGGUAAUGUCAAGCCACAUCAGAGUUCAUCAGGGAUGAGAUACCUGUCAAAGAUUUGUGGCAGAGUGGCAUACUGGAAUAAAAACACAGAAUCUCUUAUAAGGGUCGUAUAAGAACAAAUGAGAUAAUUCCCAGAACUGGCCUGGAGUUUUUCCGGAAAAAGGUGCUGUGACUAUCUAAGGCUAUUCUUAUGCAAGAAGCUAAACGUAAUUAAAUGUGCAGGAUGAAAAGAUGGCACAGGCACUGUUGGUACCCCCAGGACCUGAAAGCUUCCGCCUUUUUACUAGAGAAUCUCUUGCUGCUAUCGAAAAACGUACUGCAGAAGAGAAAGCCAAGAAACCCAAGAGAGAACAAGACAAUGAUGAAGAGAACGAACCAAAGCCAAACAGUGACUUGGAGGCUGGAAAGAAUCUUCCAUUCAUUUACGGAGACAUCCCUCCAGGGAUGGUGUCAGAGCCGCUGGAGGACUUGGACCCCUACUAUAUCAACAAGAAAACUUUUAUAGUAUUGAAUAAAGGGAAGGCAAUUUUCCGAUUCAGUGCCACCUCUGCCUUGUAUAUUUUAACUCCACUAAAUCCUAUUAGGAAAAUUGCUAUUAAGAUUUUGGUACAUUCUUUAUUCAGCAUGCUUAUCAUGUGCACUAUCUUGACCAACUGUGUAUUUAUGACCUUGAGUAACCCUCCAGACUGGACAAAGAAUGUAGAGUACACAUUCACUGGAAUCUAUACCUUUGAGUCACUUAUAAAAAUCUUGGCAAGAGGGUUUUGCUUAGAAGAUUUUACAUUCCUUCGUGAUCCAUGGAACUGGCUGGAUUUCAGUGUCAUAGUCAUGGCGUAUGUAACAGAAUUUGUAAACCUAGGCAAUGUUUCAGCUCUUCGAACUUUCAGAGUCUUGAGAGCUCUGAAAACUAUUUCUGUAAUUCCAGGUUUAAAGACCAUCGUGGGGGCCCUGAUCCAGUCUGUGAAGAAGCUUUCUGACGUCAUGAUCUUGACUGUGUUCUGUCUGAGCGUGUUUGCUCUAAUUGGUCUGCAGCUGUUCAUGGGCAAUCUGCGGAAUAAAUGCUUACAAUGGCCCCCAAGCGAUUCUGCUUUUGAAACCAACACCACCUCUUUCUUUAAUGGCACAAUGAAUUCAAAUGGGACAUUUGUUAAUGUAACAAUGAGCACAUUUAACUGGAAGGAUUACAUUGACGAUGACAGUCACUUUUAUGUUCUGGAUGGACAAAGUGACCCUUUGCUGUGUGGAAAUGGAUCAGAUGCAGGCCAAUGUCCAGAAGGAUACAUCUGUGUGAAGGCUGGUCGAAACCCCAACUAUGGCUACACAAGCUUUGACACUUUUAGCUGGGCUUUCUUGUCUCUAUUUCGACUCAUGACUCAAGACUACUGGGAGAACCUUUAUCAACUGACAUUACGUGCUGCUGGAAAAACAUACAUGAUAUUUUUUGUGCUGGUGAUUUUCUUGGGCUCGUUUUAUCUGGUGAAUUUGAUCCUGGCUGUGGUGGCCAUGGCCUAUGAAGAACAGAAUCAGGCAACGCUGGAAGAGGCUGAACAGAAAGAAGCUGAAUUUCAGCAGAUGCUUGAACAGAUUAAAAAGCAACAGGAAGAAGCUCAGGCAGUUGCAGCGGCAUCAGCCGCCUCAAGGGAUUUCAGUGGAAUAGGUGGGUUAGGAGAGCUCUUGGAAAGUUCAUCAGAAGCAUCAAAAUUAAGCUCCAAAAGUGCUAAGGAGUGGAGGAACCGAAGAAAGAAAAGAAGACAGAGGGAGAAUCUUAAAGGAAGCAACAAAGGAGAGGGAAACAGGUUUCCCAAGUCUGAAUCUGAGGACAGUGUCAAAAGAAGAAGUUUCCUUUUCUCCAUGGAUGGAAAUCGACUAACUAGUGACAAGAAAUUCUACUCCCCUCAUCAGUCUCUCUUAAGUAUCCGUGGUUCCCUGUUUUCCCCACGACGCAAUAGCAAAACAAGUAUUUUCAGCUUCAGAGGUCGGGCAAAGGAUAUCGGUUCUGAAAAUGACUUUGCUGACGAUGAACACAGUACAUUUGAAGACAGCGAGAGCAGGAGAGACUCACUGUUUGUGCCGCACAGACACGGAGAGCGACGCAACAGUAACGUUAGUCAGGCCAGUAUGUCAUCCAGGAUGGUGCCAGGGCUUCCGGCCAAUGGGAAGAUGCACAGCACUGUGGAUUGCAAUGGUGUGGUUUCCUUGGUGGGUGGACCAUCGGCUCUAACCUCACCUACUGGACAUCCGCCAGAGGGUACCACCACUGAAACGGAAGUCAGAAAGAGAAGGCUAAGUUCUUACCAGAUUUCAAUGGAGAUGCUAGAAGAUUCCUCCGGAAGGCAAAGAGCCAUGAGCAUAGCCAGCAUCCUGACUAACACGAUGGAGGAACUUGAAGAAUCUAGGCAGAAAUGUCCACCAUGCUGGUAUAGAUUUGCCAAUAUGUUCUUGAUCUGGGACUGCUGUGAUGCAUGGUUAAAAGUAAAGCAUCUUAUGAAUUUAAUUGUUAUGGAUCCAUUUGUUGAUCUUGCCAUCACUAUUUGCAUUGUCUUAAAUACCCUCUUCAUGGCCAUGGAGCACUACCCAAUGACUGGUCAAUUCAGCAGUGUGUUGACUGUAGGAAACCUGGUCUUCACUGGGAUCUUCACAGCAGAAAUGGUCCUCAAGAUCAUCGCCAUGGAUCCAUAUUAUUAUUUCCAAGAGGGCUGGAAUAUCUUUGAUGGAAUUAUUGUCAGCCUUAGUUUGAUGGAGCUUGGCCUGGCAAAUGUGGAGGGACUGUCUGUACUGAGAUCAUUCAGACUGCUUCGAGUGUUCAAGUUGGCAAAAUCCUGGCCCACCCUGAAUAUGCUAAUUAAGAUCAUCGGUAAUUCAGUGGGAGCUCUGGGUAACCUCACCUUGGUGUUGGCCAUCAUCGUCUUUAUUUUCGCCGUGGUCGGCAUGCAGCUCUUUGGGAAGAGCUAUAAAGAAUGUGUCUGCAAGAUUUCUAGUGAUUGUGAACUCCCGCGCUGGCACAUGAAUGACUUCUUCCACUCCUUCCUGAUUGUGUUCCGGGUGCUGUGUGGAGAGUGGAUAGAGACCAUGUGGGACUGCAUGGAGGUCGCCGGUCAAACCAUGUGCCUUAUUGUUUUCAUGCUGGUCAUGGUCAUUGGAAACCUGGUGGUUCUGAACCUCUUUCUGGCCUUAUUGUUGAGUUCAUUUAGCUCAGACAAUCUUGCUGCUACUGAUGAUGAUAAUGAAAUGAACAAUCUCCAGAUUGCAGUAGGAAGGAUGCAAAAGGGAAUUGAUUAUGUGAAAAAUAAGAUACGGGAGUGUUUCCAAAAAACGUUUUUCAGAAAGCCAAAAGUUAUAGAAAUCCAUGAAGGCAACAAAAUAGACAGCUGUGUGUCUAAUAAUACUGGAAUUGAAAUAAGCAAAGAGCUUAAUUAUCUUAAAGAUGGGAAUGGAACCACCAGUGGUGUAGGUACUGGAAGCAGUGCUGAAAAAUAUGUAAUUGAUGAAAAUGAUUAUAUGUCAUUCAUAAACAAUCCCAGCCUCACUGUAACGGUGCCAAUUGCUGUUGGAGAGUCUGACUUUGAAAAUUUAAAUACUGAGGAGUUCAGCAGUGAGUCAGAACUAGAAGAAAGCAAAGAGAAAUUAAAUGCAACCAGCUCAUCUGAAGGAAGUACAGUUGAUGUUGCUCCACCUCGAGAAGGUGAACAAGCUGAAAUUGAACCCGAGGAGGACCUUAAACCAGAAGCUUGUUUUACUGAAGGAUGUAUUAAAAAGUUUCCAUUCUGUCAAGUAAGUAUAGAAGAAGGCAAAGGGAAAAUCUGGUGGAACCUUCGGAAGACCUGCUACAGCAUUGUUGAACACAACUGGUUUGAGACUUUCAUUGUCUUCAUGAUCCUUCUCAGUAGUGGUGCUUUGGCUUUUGAAGACAUAUACAUUGAACAGCGAAAGACUAUUAAAACCAUGCUAGAAUAUGCCGACAAGGUCUUCACUUACAUAUUCAUCCUGGAAAUGCUUCUCAAAUGGGUAGCUUAUGGAUUUCAGACAUAUUUCACUAAUGCCUGGUGCUGGCUAGAUUUCUUGAUCGUCGAUGUUUCUUUGGUUAGCUUGGUAGCCAAUGCUCUUGGCUACUCAGAACUUGGUGCCAUCAAAUCCCUACGGACAUUAAGAGCUUUAAGACCUCUGAGAGCUUUAUCCCGGUUUGAAGGCAUGAGGGUCGUUGUGAAUGCUCUUGUUGGAGCAAUUCCCUCUAUCAUGAAUGUGCUGUUGGUUUGUCUCAUCUUCUGGCUGAUCUUUAGCAUUAUGGGUGUGAAUUUGUUUGCUGGCAAGUUCUACCACUGUGUAAACACGACAACGGGUAACAUGUUUGAUGUUAGUGAAGUUAACAAUUUGAGUGACUGUCAGGCUCUUGGCAAGAAAGCUCGGUGGAAAAAUGUGAAAGUAAAUUUUGAUAAUGUUGGAGCUGGCUAUCUUGCACUGCUUCAAGUGGCCACAUUUAAAGGCUGGAUGGACAUUAUGUAUGCAGCUGUUGAUUCACGAGAUGUUAAACUUCAGCCUGUAUAUGAAGAAAAUCUGUAUAUGUACUUAUACUUUGUCAUCUUUAUCAUCUUUGGGUCAUUCUUCACUCUGAAUCUAUUCAUUGGUGUCAUCAUAGAUAACUUCAACCAACAGAAAAAGAAGUUUGGAGGUCAAGACAUCUUUAUGACAGAGGAACAGAAAAAAUACUACAAUGCAAUGAAGAAACUUGGGUCUAAGAAACCUCAGAAACCCAUACCUCGGCCUGCAAACAAAUUCCAAGGAAUGGUCUUUGAUUUUGUAACCAGACAAGUUUUUGAUAUCAGUAUCAUGAUCCUUAUCUGUCUCAAUAUGGUCACCAUGAUGGUAGAAACUGAUGACCAGAGCAAAUAUAUGACUCUAGUUUUGUCCCGAAUCAACCUUGUGUUCAUUAUCCUGUUCACUGGAGAAUUUGUGCUGAAAUUGAUCUCUCUCAGAUACUACUACUUCACCAUAGGUUGGAACAUCUUUGAUUUUGUGGUAGUGAUUCUUUCCAUCGUAGGUAUGUUUCUGGCUGAGCUGAUAGAGAAAUAUUUUGUGUCCCCUACCUUGUUCCGAGUGAUCCGUCUUGCCAGGAUUGGCCGAAUCCUGCGUCUGAUCAAAGGGGCUAAGGGAAUCCGCACACUGCUCUUUGCUUUGAUGAUGUCCCUUCCUGCAUUGUUUAACAUCGGCCUCCUGCUGUUCCUGGUCAUGUUCAUCUAUGCCAUCUUUGGAAUGUCCAACUUUGCCUAUGUUAAAAAAGAAGCUGGAAUUGAUGACAUGUUCAACUUUGAGACCUUUGGCAACAGCAUGAUCUGCCUGUUCCAGAUUACCACCUCUGCUGGCUGGGAUGGAUUGCUAGCACCUAUCCUCAACAGUGCACCACCGGACUGUGACCCUGACACAAUUCACCCUGGCAGCUCAGUUAAGGGAGACUGUGGAAACCCGUCUGUUGGGAUUUUCUUUUUCGUCAGUUACAUCAUCAUAUCAUUUCUGGUCGUGGUGAACAUGUACAUCGCUGUCAUCCUGGAGAACUUCAGUGUUGCUACUGAAGAAAGCGCAGAGCCCCUGAGUGAGGACGACUUUGAGAUGUUCUACGAGGUUUGGGAGAAGUUUGAUCCUGAUGCCACCCAGUUCAUAGAGUUCUCCAAGCUCUCUGAUUUUGCAGCGGCCCUGGAUCCUCCUCUUCUCAUAGCAAAACCAAACAAAGUCCAGCUCAUUGCCAUGGACCUGCCCAUGGUCAGUGGGGACAGGAUCCACUGCCUCGACAUCUUAUUUGCCUUUACAAAGCGUGUUUUGGGUGAGAGUGGAGAGAUGGAUGCCCUUCGAAUCCAGAUGGAAGAUCGGUUCAUGGCAUCGAACCCCUCCAAAGUCUCCUAUGAGCCCAUCACAACCACUCUGAAACGCAAACAAGAGGAGGUGUCUGCGGCUAUCAUUCAGCGUAAUUUCAGGUGUUAUCUUUUAAAGCAAAGGUUAAAGAAGGUAGUGAAUGAGUAUAACAAAGAGGCGAUCAAAGGGAGGAUUGACUUACCUAUAAAAGAUGACAUGAUUAUUGACAAAUUAAACGGGAACUCCACCCCAGAAAAAACAGAUGGGAGUUCCUCUACCACCUCUCCUCCUUCCUAUGAUAGUGUAACAAAGCCAGACAAAGAAAAAUUUGAGAAAGACAAACCAGAAAAAGAAAGCAAAGGGAAAGAGGUCAGGGAAAAUCAAAAGUAAAAAAAAAAAAAAGAAAAA